GUGGCUAGCGGUCUCCUAGUCGGCUUUGGUAUUUAUAUUAUCACAAGAGCAGUUCCCAACGGGUUGAUCACCGUGAUCCAUGGAAGUCCUAUAUUUACAUUGGUUCUGGGUGUUGUCGUGUUGGCAACUGCAUUCAUUGGUUGCUUCGGUGCGAGCUAUUUGAAUGGAUGCCUCAUUAAAUUGUAUGCCAUAUUAAUGAUGAUUUUGGUUAUUGGAGAACUCAUUUGGGGGACGCUGCAUAUCGCAUUGAAGGAUCAGACCUUAAAGCUUAUCGAACACUACUUCAACACUUCUAUUGCUGAAAUUGAAAGCGGAAAUGCCGAUCCACAACUGUUAAAUUCCAUAAAAAGGAUACAAAACAGCGUGGGUAUAUAUAUUUCUUGGAUUGCUGUGGAGCACACGAUCCGGAGGAUUGGAGAGAUCCUUAUGAAAUCUGCUGUAGAGUUGGAAAAAUUUGUUUCCGGGUUCCUCAACAGGUUGCGUUUGUAUCACCCUGAAUAUAUGUGCUUUCGGGCCUUGGUUUUAUACUACCCGUUCCCUUUAUUACAGGGAUGUGUCCAGGUCGCCGAAAAAGUCUUGGUCGACAAUAGAAUACCCCUCGGAAUUAGUAUAAUAGUACUUAGCCUCAUCGAAAUGGGAGCCGUG